GAGAAAGAGCUGCUCAGUGGUGCUGUGAUGGUGCAAGGGGGAAGACGUGCGCUCGUGACUCCCGGGAUUUCGUUGUUACCUUGGGGAUUUUUGUGACUCAAGCGGCGAAAUUAAAGAUAGUGGCCAGGAGGGAUGGAUUAUGCAGCACCGUGGUUAGAGGUGACGCAGGAGGCCUCUGGGUGAACACAGGCGCGGCGACACCCACACAGACGAUGAUGAGGAAUAGUUCCCCACCACAGCGGCCUCCCACCAACACCACGUGAGACAGGCGCCGCGAGUGUCGACAAGUGGUGCAGGCAGUGGUGGUGGUGGCGGCUUCUGGUGGCACAGACGGAGGAGGAGGAGGAGGAGGAGGGGGAGGCGGUGAAGGCGAAGGUGGAGGAGGAGGAGGAGGAGUGGAGUGCUCGUAAUAGUGGCCGCGUCAGGACCACGUGUGUGUAGUAGUGGUGUAGUAGUGGUACAGUGGUGGUGCGGCGGCAGAACACCACGCCAGCACCAUGCGGGAGUUUAAGGUGGUGGUGUUGGGGUCGGGAGGGGUCGGGAAGUCGGCGCUGACGGUGCAGUUCGUGUCGGGCUGCUUCAUGGAGAAAUACGACCCGACCAUAGAGGACUUUUACCGCAAAGAGAUCGAGGUGGACACGUCGCCCUGCGUGUUGGAGAUCCUGGACACGGCGGGGACAGAGCAGUUUGCCUCAAUGCGAGACCUGUACAUCCGCAACGGGCAGGGCUUCGUGGUGGUGUACUCCAUGACUAACCACCAAACCUUCCAGGACAUCAAGGGUAUGAAGGAACAGAUCACUCGCGUCAAGAACACCGAUCGCGUCCCCAUCCUUCUAGUGGCCAACAAGGUUGACUUGGAGCACCAGCGGGAGGUGGUGACGGCGGACGGCAUGGCGCUGGCUCACAUGUGGGGCUGCCCGUUCAUCGAGGCCUCCGCUAAGAACAGGUACAACGUAAAUGAAGUCUUCGCCGAGAUUGUCCGAGAGAUGAACGUCAAUCCGGGCAAGAAGGAAACUGGGAACUACUGCUGUUGUGUGCUGCUCUAACGCUGUGUGUCUAAUGGGGCUUGUUGUGUUGCAGCCCAGCACAGUAGACCCGUGACAGUAUCUCGCAUGGAUGUUGGAACAGCCCAGGCCCUCUUCACCAGUGGGAGUCUCCACGGCUCUGCACAGAAUGGAACAAUCUGGUCUUAUCACAAGUCAAGCCUCAGUCAAGCUUCAGGAGACUGACCGCCCUCAUCCCAACGAGGAUCUCGUGCCAUUGGUUGAUCUCGGACAAUGGCCGCCACUGAGUCUUCUAGUGGACAGCACGGAAGACCCACCACCUUGGAAUCACCACAAUGCAUGUUACCAUCUGUGUGUCAUCUGGUGUCCUCGGUGUUGUGAUCACUGGUGACACAUUCAUGCAUUCUGUCUGUCUGACAACACAGCUUCCCACCAGGCUACCAGUGAACACUCUGCAGUGUUACUCUUUAAGAUCAAUAUUAACACUAUCUACUGUAUGUUGUCAGUAAUAUCCUGCUUAUCAGCUAAAGCUUUUUGUGAUACCUAAUUGUUGCAGUCUGCAGAUCAUGAUGUAUAGUGUAGUCGAGCAACAUCAGAAGUGUUUGUGAAUUAAGGUCAACUGAUAUGAGUUGGUGGGUGCUCAGAAGUGUUUGGCAACUUGAAGAAACACAAUUUAUGAUUGAAUUAAGGAUUGUAAGUGGCUGGUUCACAAGUAAAUUACUGUGCAAUAUUUUGAGUAAGGUUCUCUUGGCUAUUUGUCUUGCGACAUUUUAUGCUGUACUAGCAGCAGCAGUAGCAGCAGCAGUGAGUGACAGCCAUGCAUGGUACUGGCACUGGCUAGAGGGACCUACAGUGACUCAACACAGGGAGCUGAGGAGUUCACCACCCAUGUGAUUAUGUGCUUCCCUCAUGCUCUGUAAAUACAUUAUGUGCUAGUAACACAAUUUAAGUUUGAAUGCAAUAGUCUUUUUUUAUUAGUUUAUUGUAAUAAUAUUCAUCAGUAUAUAUAUAUAUAUAUAUAUAUAUAUAUAUAUAUAUAUAUAUAUAUAUAUAUAUAUAUAUAUAUAUAUAUAUAUAUAUAUAUAUAUAUAUAUAUAUAUAUAUAUAUAUAUAUAUAUAUAUAUAUAUAUAUAUAUAUACACACACACACACACACACAUACAUACAUACAUACAUGCAUAUUAUAAAGAUUUCAUUGUCUCAAUCCCACCAAAACUUCAUUGCCUGUGCAAAACAUUUUGUUGUCAACAUGAUAUUUAAAAAUCUCCAACAUCAUCUUUUGAUCUUUAGUGGAUAAUGCACAGAAAUAACUUGUCAUUUUUGCCUAUGAUUUAUAAUUGCA